UCCCUGACUUCAGGCAAGAAGGUGAGUGGGGAGUCUGUGACAGAGGGAAGUCCGUCUCCUUCGCUGCCCAUUCCGGAGUGUGCAAUCUGUCUGCAGAGCUGCGUCCACCCCGUACGCCUGCCAUGCCACCAUAUUUUCUGCUUCCUUUGCGUGAAAGGAGCUUCCUGGCACAGCAAACGCUGCGCCCUGUGUAGAGGGGAAGUGCCUGAGGACUUCCUGGAGCGUCCCACUUUGCUCUCGCCCGAGGAGCUGAAGGCUUCGGCGACGGGUGGACGUGGGACGGGGACUGGUGGCCACGCCUGGUACUACGAGGGGCGUAAUGGAUGGUGGCAGUACGAUGAGCGGACAAGCCGAGAGCUAGAGGACGCGUUCAACAAGGGCAAGAAGAGCGCCGAGAUGCUGAUCGCCGGCUUCCUGUACGUGGCAGACUUGGAGAACAUGGUGCAGUACAGGAGGAACGAACAUGGCCGCAGGAGGAGGAUGAAGAGGGAUGUGGUGGACAUCCCUAAGAAAGGUGUGGCUGGAUUAAGACUCGAUCCAGAUCCCAAUCCCAGUCCCGCAUCGGGAUUAGGAACUGUUCCCGCUGCAGCGCCCGCAGUUGCGGAUUUAAAUGGAACAGUAGAUGGCGCCACAGCGGAGCGAGAGAGUUCGGCGGAUGGCGCGGACACUGGAGUCAGCGGAGGACGUCCUCAAGGCAUC